CUCAAUGCUGGAUUACUGAGUCCGCAUCCCUCGCCUUGAAACCACUCUCCUCCACCCUCUCGGUCUACUCCAUCGCAACGGGGGGUUUCUGUCUCUCUCGUGUUUCUCUCUUAUCCCUUUGAUUGUUGUGAAUCCCUUCGAGGAGCUCUUAUCUUCAUCCUCCCCUGAUCUAUACCGACUCCGCCCCCCACCUCCUUCAGCAUGGUGCGUCUGAGGGAGAUCCCCCGGACGGCCACCUUUGCUUGGUCCCCCGGGGCUGCUGCUCCAUUGGUGGCUACUGGUACCCGUGCUGGUGCGGUCGACGUCAACUUCUCCAAUGAGACGUGUCUAGAGCUCUGGGACUUGGCUCUGGACCGCAGCGAUGCCGGCGGGGAGCUGCAACCCGCGGCCAAGAUUGAUACCGACUCGGGUUUCAACGAUUUGGCCUGGACGGAAUCCGACGAGAACUCGCGCGGUGUGAUUGCCGGCGCUUUGGAGAAUGGAUCGUUGGAUCUGUGGGACGCGGACAAACUGCUUAACGGAUCGAGUGACGCCGUCAUUUCCCGAAACUCCAACCACUCCGGGGCCAUCAAGGCCCUCCAAUUCAACCCCAAACACUCGAAUUUGCUGGCGACGGGUGGCGCACAGGGAGAGCUCUACAUCUCCGACCUCAACAACAUCGCAAACCCGUACCGACUUGGAGGCACCGCGGCCCGCGCAGAUGAUAUCGAGUGUCUGGAUUGGAACAAGAAGGUCGCGCAUAUUCUGGUGUCCGGUAGCAGUGCAGGCUUCGUGACGGUAUGGGACGUCAAGACGCGGAAGGAGAGCCUGACGCUCAACAACAUGGGCCGCAAAGCCGUCAGCUCUGUCGCUUGGGACCCGGAGAAGCCCACGAAACUGGUCACCGCGACUCCUCUGGAGUCCGACCCUCUGAUUUGCGUCUGGGAUUUGCGCAAUUCUCACGCUCCGGAACGGACCCUCCGUGGCCAUGAGUCCGGUGUGCUGUCUCUCUCCUGGUGUCCCCAGGACCCCGAUCUGCUGCUGUCGUGCGGCAAAGACAAUCGCACCAUGUGCUGGAACCCGCAAAAUGGCCAUCUCUAUGGUGAAUUCCCGGUCGUCACGAACUGGACCUUCCAGACCCGCUGGAAUCCCCACAACCCCAACUUCUUCGCGACUGCUUCAUUCGACGGCAAGAUCUCGGUCCAGACGAUUCAGAACACCUCCACGGAAACCGCCCAAGCCAUCGCCGAUCAGAACCAGUCUCUGGAUGGAGAGGACUUUUUCGCCAAGGCGCAGACUCAGCCUCAGGUGUCGAGCUUCUCUCUGCCCAAGCCGCCUAAGUGGCUCGAGAGACCCUGCAGCGCGUCGUUCGGAUUCGGGGGCCGCGUCGUGUCCGUUGGCUUGGCCGAGAAGGGCAAACGGGCCUCCAAGAUCAAAAUCUCCCCCUUCGAAGUCGACGAGGCGGUUGGCAAGUCGACGGAGACGUUUGAAAGCGCACUGAGGGAAGGUGACCUGCGCAGCAUUUGCGAGACCAGAGCUGCCGAUGCCAAGAGCGACGAAGAGAAGGCGGACUGGAAGGUCAUCGAAGCCCUGAUCUCUCAGAACCCUCGCAAGGGCAUCGUGGAAUAUCUUGGAUUCCAGGACCAGGCGGACGAAGCCGCCGACGGGCUGGCUAAGCUCGGCUUGGACAAGGAGAAUGCUGGUGGCGAUUCGCCCAAGGAGUCCCGCGGGCCGGGAGCCAAGAAGCACAAGCGUCUGCAAUCCAUGUUCGAUGGCGGUCCGGAAGAAGACAGCUUCCUGACGGAUCUGGCUGCGUCCAAGGGAGCCAAGACCAACAACCCGUUCCAGAUCUUCAGCGGCUCCGAGUCCGAGGCUGAGAAGGGCAUCACUAAGGCGCUGCUGCUCGGCGAUUUUGAGAAGGCUCUGGAUGUCGCCCUCAAGGAAGACCGCCUGUCGGACGCCUUCAUGAUCGCCAUCUGCGGCGGCCAGAAGUGCGUCGAGAAGGCGCAAGAGCACUACUUCUCCAAGCAGACCAACAGCCCCAACUACGUGCGUCUGCUGGCGUCCAUCGUUGGCAAGAACCUCUGGGACGUUGUGCACAAUGCCGACCUGGACAACUGGAAGGAGGUCAUGGCCGCGCUCUGCACCUUUGCCGACGAGAAGGAGUUUGCGGAUCUCUGCGAGGCCCUGGGCGAUCGUCUUGAGGAACAGCUCAAGAACGAGAGCGACAAGGGAGCCCGCAAGGAUGCCUCGUUCUGUUUCCUGGCCGGCUCGAAGUUGGAGAAGGUGGUGUCUAUUUGGAUUGAGGAGCUGCGCGAGAGCGAGCAAAAGGCCAUUGAAACGGCCACCGACGACUCCAGCUUCUCCAUCCACGUCCGUGCCCUGCAAGGCCUGAUUGAGAAGGUGACCAUCUUCCGCCAAGUCACCAAGUUCCAGGACACGGAACGCGCCAAGGAGUCCGACUGGAAGCUCAGCAACCUGUACGACAAGUACAUCGAGUACGCCGACGUCGUUGCUACGCACGGCCGCCUUCAAGUUGCCCAGAACUACCUCGACCUCGUUCCCGAGAAGCAUCCCGAGGCCGAGAUUGCCCGCAACCGCAUCAAGCUGGCGAUGAGGCAGGUCACCCCUCAGCGCACGCAGCAAGCAGCCCCCGCGGCCCGGACGAUGACGCCGGCUCGGACGAUGACGCCCAUCAGCAGGCAGGCUGGUGCCUAUCAACCCCAGGGUACUUUCGCCCCUGUCUCAUCUGCUCCGAACCCUUACGCCCCGGCUGCUCCUGCUGUCGCGCCGGCUGCAAAUCCGUAUGCUCCGGCUGCUAUGGGUGCUACUGCCCCCAGUCCCUACGCGCCCGCAGCGGCUGCCACUCCGGCGGCCAACCCCUAUGCGCCGUCUGGUGCCGGGUAUGCACCCGCGGGAUACCAAGCUCCCCGGGCACCUGCCUACGGCGCUCAGCCCCUAGGCGGCGGGGUUCCUCCUCCUCCCCGCGCUUCCAACCAGUCCCCUGCGACGGUCAGCUCCUACACCAACGCCACGAACCUCCCUGCCUGGAACGACCUGCCUGACGACUUCGGCAAGAAGGCCCCCACGCCUCGCCGCGGAACCCCCGCCGGCGCCGCAGCACCGAUCAGCUCGCCAUUUCCCCACCAGCCUUCCCCCGUCGGUCAGGGGGUUCCUCCGCCACCUCCUGGUCCUGCUCAACGUGCUCCCUCGGUGCCCCCACCACCGAAAGCGGGCACUAUGCCUCCGCCGCGGAUGACCUCUCCGCCCGUGGCCCCGCCCCCGAUGGCGUCCAUGUCGCAGGUUCCCCCGCCGCCAGCGAACCCGUACGCUGCCCUGCCUCAGUCUCCUCCGAUGGGCGCACCCACCAACAUGACUGUCCCCACGGCAUCGAUCCCGCGCGGACCGUCUCCGUACAACGCGCCGCCUUCCAUGCCGCCGCCAACGAACCGAUACGCCCCGAGCCCAGCCGCACAAGCCACCCCCAGCCCACAGCUGCAGACGCGGGGCCCGGUACCUCCCCCACCCCAGGCCGCUGCUUCGCCGUACGCCCCGCUGCCCCCGCAGCCCGUUGCGGCGAACCCCUACGCGCCUAGCACGCCGCCCAACGUGCCGCCAAUGCAGCACCCGCCGCCUCCCGCAGCCGCUUCGAUCUCGCGCCCCGGCACAGCCAACUCCCAUAAGCAAGCGGCCGCUCCCCCCAAAUACCCACCGGGUGACCGCUCCCACAUCCCCUCCGACGCCAUGCCCGUCUACGAAAUCCUCACCGCAGACAUGCAACGCGUCAAGUCCCGCGCUCCGUCCUCCUUCAAAGCGCAAGUCGACGACGCCGAACGCCGCCUGAACAUCCUGUUCGACCACCUCAACAACGAGGACCUGCUCAAGCCUAACACCAUCGCUGACAUGACGCAUCUGGCGCAGGCUAUCCAGGCCCGUGACUAUGAGACAGCCAAGACUAUCCACGUCGAUAUCAUGACGAACCGCACGGAUGAGUGCGGUGCCUGGAUGGUUGGUGUCAAGCGUUUGAUCAUGAUGAGCAAGGCUACGCCUUGAUUGGCUUCGUCAGGGCUGAUA